ACAUUACGGGCAAUAUUUUAAAAGAUAAAGCAAACUAUUUUGCAGCCAAAUUGUCAAUUAAUAAUUUCCAUGCAUCUGAAGGGUGGUUGACAGGCUUUAAACAUCGUCUUGGACUUCGUCAAUUUAGAAAGCAAGGCGAAGCAGCGAGUGCACCAUCUUUUGAGCAAUUAGAAAAUGAACGAUUUUAUUUGCAGACCCUCCUUAGCGUUUAUAAUCCCGAAGAUAUUUGGAACGGUGAUGAACCGGUCUUUUCUGGAAAUGGAGCCCUCUCGCGUGGCUCGUACGAAAUUAUCAG